AUGGCUCUUUCCAUCCUCGGUUUUUUGGUCCUUCUGGUGGUUGGACAGGCCGAUGAGAUUUUACAAGUGCCACUGGGUGUCAAAACACCCACAUCGGUGCACAGCAUAAACAGCACAGAUGGGAUCAGCUCAGCUUGGAGCAACUUUGUGCACUGCAAGUGUGGAUUCUCCUGUGCAAAAGAGCUAGGAUCUUGGUACAUCUUCAGUGUUGGCCAGUCCUGUUCGUGUGACGCGUGUCCCGACGCAAACACCACAGCAAUGCUCCGCGGAACGAACAGAGGAGCAUUGCUAGGGACAAGCUCCUUGAAGAAGCAGAGCCAAGAUGCACAGCCCGUACCGGAACAGCAAACUUCGGAGAAACAGGAGAACCCACCGACUGUGGAAAGAGAGAUGACCUGGGACAGUGCCCAUAUGCCUGGCACUAACCUUCUAUAUUGUGCUUGUGGAAAAUUUUGCCUGGAUGCGCGAGUGACCACUUUUACAUGGACCACUUAUGCAUGUGCCCGCUUCAGCUGCCAACCAGGACCAUGCUGA